GGAACCGCGACGCGUUCAACUUGGGCGUCCGAGUCUAAGUUUCUCUGACAUGGCAGACAGCUUGGCCCCUCAAUGCACUCCAUUGAAACGUGAGUACGAUUCAUGUUUCAAUUCUUGGUUUGAAGGAUACCUCGAGCCUGCCGUGGCUGCGUCGGCUUCCCAACAACAACGGGAGGUGUAUUCGCGUAAAAAGGCGGAGGAAUUCGAAACAAAGUGUGGGAAAGUAUGGGCUGAGUACAAAGAAUGCACGCAGAGAGCGUUGAAAGAAAAGGGAUUGGAUCGUCUACUGGACCAAGCUCGAGAAGAGAAUCCUCUGACAGAGCCUGCCCCGUCAGCGACUCAGAACCAAAAAUGAGUAAAUAAAACGGGUUCAUUGUGCUAUGUACUAGCACUGCUCUUUGCAGUUCUCCAGGCCACAUCACCACAAAGGUUCUAGUCGUUCCAAUCUGCUCCAGUGUGUUACGGUGACAAGCUCAUGAUAUCAAUAUUUGUACACAGCGGCUUGCUACGGCGUCAUAGCUAACCAGUGAAAGAUUGUGAUUACUGCGGUUCCAAUACAUUUAAAUUGCCAGUAAGGGCACCUCU